UGUGUGUAAGCGAGAGAGGGGGUACGAACACGCCUGUGGGGACCCGAGGGACUCUGCGGUGGGAUUCUCUUUGGCGUCGGCCCCGUGGCUGCUCAGCUUUGGGUCUUCCUACCGCUUCUGCAGAAGCGACCCCGCUCUUUCAUCCUUUCGGAACCACCCUCAGCAUCCGAUCUUACUUUUUCUUUCACCCACGAGGGCAGCAGCUGGCCACCUCCGUAACCGGUGCAAACACCCAAGCCAGUGCUCAGUGCUUUCCUCAGCUAGUAUUUUCCCGCUUGUCUUUCUUUGGGGCUCCCCACGAGCCACUCCAAUGUUCCUCCUUCCUAACAAAUUAUUCUGUUGGUCUGUUUAACUGAAGAGUUGUAAAUCUUGAAGACUUUAUUAUUAUUAUUUUGAUUCUUUUUAUUUCAUCCCCCUGUGGGCAACGGAGCAAUGAAAUUUCCAAUCGAGACGCCAAGAAAGCAGGUGAACUGGGAUCCUAAAGUGGCCGUGCCUGCAGCAGCUCCACCAGCGUGCCAGCCCAAGAGUGCCACUAACGGGCAGCAUCCGGUUCCCCGCCUCUCCAUUUCCUCCCGAGCCACGGUGGUAGCCAGGAUGGAAGGAGCCUCCCAGGGAGGCCUGCAGACAGUUAUGAAGUGGAAAACGGUGGUUGCCAUCUUUGUGGUGGUGGUGGUCUACCUCGUCACAGGUGGCCUUGUCUUCCGGGCAUUGGAACAGCCCUUUGAGAGCAGUCAGAAGAACACCAUCGCCUUGGAGAAGGCAGAAUUCUUGAGAGAUCACAUCUGUGUGAGUCCCCAGGAGCUGGAGACAUUGAUCCAGCAUGCACUCGAUGCUGACAAUGCAGGGGUCAGCCCGGUAGGAAACUCUUCCAACAGCAGCAGCCACUGGGACCUCGGAAGUGCCUUUUUCUUUGCUGGAACUGUCAUCACGACCAUAGGGUAUGGGAACAUUGCUCCAAGCACUGAAGGAGGCAAAAUCUUUUGUAUUUUAUAUGCCAUCUUUGGGAUUCCGCUCUUUGGUUUCUUAUUGGCUGGAAUUGGAGACCAACUUGGAACCAUCUUUGGCAAAAGCAUUGCAAGAGUGGAAAAGGUUUUCCGAAAAAAGCAAGUGAGUCAGACCAAGAUCCGGGUCAUCUCAACUAUUUUGUUCAUCUUGGCUGGCUGCAUCGUGUUUGUGACAAUCCCUGCUGUCAUUUUUAAAUACAUUGAGGGCUGGACAGCGUUGGAGUCCAUUUACUUCGUGGUGGUCACCCUGACUACAGUAGGCUUUGGUGAUUUUGUGGCAGGGGGAAAUGCUGGCAUCAACUACCGAGAGUGGUAUAAGCCGUUGGUGUGGUUUUGGAUCCUUGUUGGCCUUGCCUACUUCGCAGCUGUCCUUAGUAUGAUAGGAGACUGGCUGCGCGUUUUAUCCAAAAAGACGAAAGAAGAGGUGGGUGAGAUCAAAGCCCAUGCAGCCGAGUGGAAAGCUAAUGUCACCGCCGAGUUCCGGGAGACCAGAAGGCGACUCAGCGUUGAGAUCCAUGACAAGCUGCAGCGAGCAGCCACCAUCCGCAGUAUGGAGCGCAGGAGGCUGGGCUUGGAUCAGAGGGCCCACUCUCUGGACAUGCUAUCCCCAGAGAAGCGUUCUGUCUUUGCAGCCCUGGAUACAGGACGUUUCAAGGCUUCAUCCCAGGAAAGCAUCAACAACCGACCCAACAACCUGCGCCUUAAGGGGUCAGAACAGCUCAACAAGCAUGGGCAAGGCGCUUCUGAGGACAACAUCAUCAACAAGUUUGGGUCCACCUCCAAACUCACCAAGAGGAAAAACAAAGAUCUCAAAAAGACCUUACCAGAGGAUGUUCAGAAAAUCUAUAAGACCUUUCGGAAUUACUCUCUGGAUGAAGAGAAAAAAGAGGAGGAGACAGAAAAGAUGUGUAACUCAGACAACUCCAGCACAGCCAUGCUGACGGAGUGUAUACAGCAGCAAGCUGAGAUGGAGAAUGGAAUAGUACCCACAGACACCAAAGACCAGGGGCUGGAGAACAACUCAUUACUUCAAGACAGAGAGUAAAUGAUAAAGACACUGGAGUUGGACUAAGUGUUGUCUUGUUUUUGUUGUUUUGUUUUCGUUUUUUUUUUUCCUUUUUAAAAUAUUCACACUGAGACACGUGCCUUAAAUAGACUUGUUAGUCCAAAAUUACAUAACAUUGAAGAAUAUAUUUCACUGUGCCAUACACAACUGAAAGCUUGCUCUGCCAAAAGGAAUCAGAUAAGAGCUUCAUUUCAGAUGGUGGCAGCAGGACACAGAGGGAGCUUUUGCACACGUAGCAGGUGUCGCCUGUCCCCGUGAGGGGAGCUCCAGUGGCAGGCUAUAGCCCUCACACGGUGCCACUCUGGCGUGGUACGUAGACAAGGGCAGCUAUUCCUUCGACUAGCCUCUGAGAGGACAGGCUUGUCUUGUGGACGGAGUCUCCAUUCCUCAACGUUCCUUUAGUGAUAGGUUACACACCAAGGGGACAGCUGUUCGCAGGUGGCCCUGUCACUCUAACUAGGGUUCGAGUGAACAUUUUUGGCAUGUCCUCAGCUUGAGUUUUGACAGGCCACGGCACAGAACUCCUACUCCAGACCAAUGUCCUUGGGACCCAAGGGUACCUGGAGUUUGUUGGAAGCUGAUCAGAGCACAUGUUUAAUAAAGGUGCAAUUGCUUUUCUCAUUAAAAAAAAAAAUAUCACAGACUCCUCCCACUGUGGCAAUCUCCUUAACCAAUGGGAGAACCCUACUGAACUUCGUCCUUUUCACUGGAUAGGUAGUUCAGGCAGGCUUGCAAGCAUUGGUUAAAGCGCCACCUCAGCCACUGCCUGGUGGGAAGGCAGAUGUUGCAUUUUCUUCAGCGGGUGUGAAGAUGAAAAUAGCUGAUUUUGGAUCAUCCGUACUCACUUUUCUAAGGGAACACUUUCAUUCUAACUUCUUUUGAUAGGCGGGAGGAAAUACCAAAAUUAUUGCCUUUUGCAUGAUGCCAGUGGCUUGCUGCUCUGUCUAGCUGAUCCUAAUUUUUUUUAAAAUAAAAGUAAAAAUAGACAUCUUGUGUUUGUGAGACACAUCAAGAAGGACCCUGGCAUCUUUUCAUCUCAGGGCUUUUUGUCCUUUUGGGUGUCUUAGAGUAGACAUAGCUAUGAGACUCAAUCUAUUUCCAUACAAGAGGAAAAUGAAUCUCUCACCCAAUCCUUGUGUAUUAAGACUGAAAUGGUUUAAGUUGUUUGCAGCUUAAGUGCCAUUAAUACCAUCUAAAAAUAAUACUGAAAAGGAGUAUUGAAAAGAGUCCACUUCAUUCUUGCAUUUCACCAUGUCUUUAUCAAUUUCAUUGUAUGCCUUCCUUUCUUUAUGCCUUUAUUAUGGGGGCAUAACCCUUCCUUGUUGGUUCAUCUCACACCUGCUACUCACUCAAGUGGUAUCUCCCCUGUCAUUGUCUCUAGGCAAACAAUGAUCAACAUGCACUAGCUACGCUUGCUUAUCAGGUUACAAUGUUCAGAGAAGGAACAUUGUCGGAAAGGUCCACUUGCAGGUUGUGGGAGGAUGAUUUUCAAAAGAUUUUUUAUCGGGAAGGGGAAAUUCAUAGUAGGCUUUUUCUCUCACAUGUGUGUGUUUCAGCUUUAACCAGAUUUGGUUGGUGUGUUGGUUCAGCUAGCUAGUGUUCUGGAACCCUGCAUCUAAACAUUGGAUUCUGUAAUAUGAGGAAGUUGCUGGCUAGGGGUCUUCUAGACUCAGUACCAUCUUUGGGGGUUUCAUGUAAUUUUCUGUAACUAAGUUCACAGAGCGUAUUUAACAAAAGCUCAGAGCACAAGUGGAGACUUCCAGAAACCAUCUGUCAUUUCUGAGGGGAAAUUUAUGCCCAUGGCCUCCGUGACCACUGGUACCAUGGGAGACCCAUCACCCCUGCCUGUCUCUCUGACAUGCACUGCUUACAGCUGUCCCCUUCUUGGAACCCAGAAGCCCCUGUUUCCCAGAUCCCAACCCUUUAGGAUCUUGUUAGAGAGCUGAGAAGUGAAAUGAGAGUCACUAUGGUGAGGUCUUUUCUGCCAAGGGUUUGUCUGGACUAACUUCUUCAUAGGAACAGAACGUUGGCUCACUGAUACAGGAGUGGAUGCAGGGCCGCUACAACUGGCUCAUUGUGCUAAAGAACAGAUAGACAAGUGGCAUUUCUCUUAUUCUGACAAGUUUCCCAAUGAAACUGUAUGUGGAUCUCAUUCAUUUAGGUUUCCACUGUAUGGCACCUUGCUAUGUCUUUAUGGUUGUAUUAAAACUGCAGGCACUGGAUCUGUAUCCGGUAAAGGAGCUUCCCUGUUGUUUGCACAAAGGAGCUUCCCUGUUGUUUGCACAGUGCCUUUCAUGGGAUUGGCACUGAAUGGUACGUUUUAUGGCACUCACUGAAACCUCGCCACAGCAUGUGGGAAGCAUUUACACAUCCUUUGUAGAGAUGAGGAUACAGAGACUCAGGGAGGCGAAGGAGCUUACCCGCAGUACACAGCAAGAGGGCCUUGGAGUCUGUUUGCAGUUUUGCUGCAGUGUCCACUUCCUGCACCUUUGAGAAAGAGCGCAUGCAUGUGUGUGGUUGUGUGUGUCCCAAGUGUGAGCACACACACAUCUUACAAGUUUCAUGAGCACAGCUGACAGGGAGGAGGAGAAGACAGGCAUUUUUAUCCCUAUGAGGGCAUGACGUUUUGGCUUAAUCCUGGCCUUUAAGGUUGCCCUCGAAGACACAUGUAUGCUCUUGGCUUGGGGAUGCCAUAGACAGCACCUUUUCUGUGCCACUGGAAAUGCCCCUCAAAAGCACUCCUUUGCACUUUACUUGAUUUUCACACAGAAACUCUUUCAUACAGCAGGAAUUAGACAGCUCAGAGGUCUUAGAUACAUGAGUGACCAAAUGGAACAGGUGUGUGAGUUGGUGUGUGCAUAGAUGUAUUCACAAGAAUCAAACCACAGUAAUACUGAGAACCAAGCAUGACCUUGGACUGAGAGUGUAUAACCCCUUCCCUGAGUGUUGGAUGCAGGUUUGAAAUGAUGUCACAGAAGACCCUCUAUGAAGAUAGUGUAUGUGGGCAAGGUGUUCCAAAAACUAUGAAGUACUCUCCAAAGGAGAGGCUGAAGAAUGAGAGAUGUAAUUUCUCUUUGUGUAUACAUGCUAAGCCUGUAGUUAUCGGUUGUUUGGAUGUUACCCCUGUAAAGAUGGAGGCAAAUAACAUACAGAACAUACGUGAUAAGACAGCUGCUAUGUGUUCUAUACAUAUAGCCCAGGCUCUCCCCUUUCCAUCAGUACCCUCUGCCUAUCUUAAGCCCAGAAUAAAUGUAUGGAUGUUACAUUUGGGAAGGGCACAUGUUUGUUGUCUUCAGCGGGACAUUUUGUGCUUUAUUUGGCAGCUGGGUACAGAACUGUCCUCUCUUCUGGAGGCUUACUGGAAACUGCCCAAAGGACAGUUUCGAGAGGCUAUGUUCCAUAUCCAGUCCAAACUCAGUAGUGAUUCACUCUGGCAGUCUGUCGGUUUGGGUAUAAGGCCGUGCAGUGUGUAUGUGUGUGGUGUGUGUGGUGUGAAAGGGAUCACUGGCCUAUAAUUCAGGUAUCUAGGAUGACUGUGCUCCGCCACAUUUCCGCCUAUGCUCAUGGGCACACUGCUUCCCCGUACCUCAACUGCACACCAGCGGAACUGAGCACAGGUUAUGACCAACCUUUUUUCCAGUUGUGUAGUGUGCUGAGAGAAUAUUUCCCAACCCAUGAGUUAAGUUUAAUGAGAAAAUUAUUAAGUUGGAUCUCUGAAUAUUAAUGGCCCCACUCGUAUCCUUGGUGUUUGUUUUUUUGCAUGGUCGAUGGAGACCAGAUGUAUUUGAGGGAUUGGUGUCCAAAUUAGGGUCACAUCCCAUAUAGGCUCUCCCCACUGACCUAGUAGGCACAUCUUCACCCGAAAGCUCACAGGAUGCAGGAAUUUUGGGGGUGGGGUGGGUUAGGGGCAGGGCAAUGGUGUUAAAACUAGUCAAAGAAUUGUAAGCCUUUGCUAUUUGCAUUCAGUUCUAUUAAAGGCUCCCUUUGAUUGAGAUGUCAAUUCAUGUCCUUCUUUCCUCCUUCCAGUACACAAAGGCACACGUGCAAGUAGGAAAUGACUUUUUGGCUUCCAUGGGAAUAACUUCACGUGGAAAGUUCUAGUUGUACAAAAUAGUAAACAACUCCUGCCCCUCUUCCGAGGUGUCAUUUCCUGGGCAAGCCAAGCUGCAUAUUGAUUUGUACGCUUGGUUUGAGGGAACUCGUGAAAAAGUGUGCCAGGGUUCUGACGGAGGGAGUUGUGGCUCCCUGGACUGGGGACGAACGUUAACUAUCCAGUGUGCAGAAUGGUUUCAGCAUUAGAGCGAAGACACAAAAGGGCGUGAAGUAAAACAAACUUGCAGAGCCUCUCUGUAAAAGAAAAUGAGUCCCGCCGCCCUCUGCAGUGUGGUCCUCGGCGUUUUGCCAAUGCUCCAUCUCUGGCAGUCUUUCUCACUGUUAGGAUACAGCUGUGUGCUUAGACAGAGGCUGAGGGGAUAUGGGAAGCCUCUCCUCGUUAAUGACGACCCCAAGAAGACUCGCAAUGUCACUUUCAUUUAGCAUUGCGGGUGCUGUUGAGUCUGCAUAUGCUGCCGCAGUGGCAAAGCUCUGAUAGAAUCCUACACUGUGCCCCUGUGCAGGAGCCACGCCACGUCUCCUCACCCUUUCCAGGCUCCGCGUGCUUCUUGGUUCUCUCAUGUUUGUAGAGCACACAACACCAGCUUAGUGGUAUAGAGGAGGAGAGGUGUUUCUGACCUCCUGGGUGGGAUUUUCAUUUUCACAGGUGCCUGAGUUGGGGACCCCCUUAUGUUCUUUUUCCUUAAGUGAAAACAGUUUCCUAUGUGUUCAAAAGAAGCCCCUUUGAGAAGACUUCCAGUCCAUUAACUCAGUAGGCUUGCGCUACAGAGGCUGCUGCACAGUCUUGGCCCUGUGGCUAGUGCUCUGGCUGGAAGAGGGAAGCUGCAGGCAUGCCUAGAAGUGAUCUGCAAGUCACCAUGUAUGCGAACCUUUGUUCCUUUUCUGUCCCCGAGCUGCAGGAACCCAGUGAUGGCAGAUGAUAAACCCAAGUGUGGAGAUGUUUUGCUUAUUUUUCUCUUUGUAGGAUUUCAUGGUGCUUAUUUUUAAUAAUGUGUGGGGGGGCACUUCAAACUGUUCUUAGGAGGAGAGGUGGAAACCUGCUUGUAACAUUUCGAUAAGCUGUGCUGCUAUUGUCCUUAUUUGAUGAUGUAAUAUUUUUUUUUCCAAUGAUGGAGAACAUUGCAACAAAGACCUUC